AUGUCGCCUCCUUUUUGGACCCCAGCUAUUGUGAAAAAUUCCCGAGUUCGACCAUCAUUCGUAACGGGAAAAACUGCCAGUCAACCAGAUGAUAAUCUAAAUACUUUAGGACUGCUAUCAGAAAUUCAAAUUAUCUCAGACGAAAAUGCGAGUUUGCAAAUAGAAAACAGCAAUUUAAAAGCAAAAAUCUCCGAUUUGCAGAAACACAACAAGGAUUUGUUACGGAUGAUCAAUGAAAGCAGUACCAAAUUUGAUAAAGAAAUAGUUUUACUUCAACAUGAAGUCAGUAUAAAUAAGCAAGAAAUUAUAGAAAAUGGCAAAAAAUAUAUGCAGACUCAAAAAAAGUAUAUGACCCAAAUAAAUGAAUUAAAAGCAAAAUGCGAAAAACAAAAACAACUUCUGAAGGGUAACGAAAGUGAAAUAAGCAAAAAUAUAGAAAAAAUAGACAUACUCGAAAACGAAUUGAAGUCACUACUAGAAACUCAUAAAACACUGGAAUUGCAAAGUCAAGAGAAUGCGAAAAAAUCUAGCGAAUAUAAGAUAAAAUUAAAAAACGCGAUAUCUGUCAUCCAAGAGCUGAAUAAAGUAUUGAUAGAAUGUACGAAAAAGCCGGAAGUGACCAAUUGUAGUACACAAACUGACCAUUUCAAAUCCGAACAUGCCAUGCUGCAACACAAGCCUGUGAAGUCGACAGUUUCUAUGUAUCCUAUGGAAGAUAGAACCUUGGAAAAAGAAAAUAUUUUGUUGGCCGACAUAUUUUUCAGACCAAAACCUUUUGUGGAAAGUGAACUGUUCUCGAUGGGGGAUGGAUUCUCGCAAUGUCUGGAGAGAUUAUUGUGA